UCGUCUGAGUCCUGCUCCGACGCUCGUCUGAGUCCGGCUCCUCUCUUCUGUGUUCUUUGGGAUCAGCUGUUCACGCCUCCCCGAGCAGUGGUCGACCAACGAGCACAGACGCUACAGGUCUCACGUUGUCUCCUCCUCAUGUCGGACUGCAGGAAGACUGCGGACCAGGUGAGGGCUCGACUUCAGUCCUGCAAAGGAAACGGGUCCAAGCAGACCAGGACCUUUUACGACGGCUGGUCAACGUACGAGCAGGACUUGGCAAUGCUGAAUUACAGGGCUCCAAACUUCGGGGUGGAUUUCCUGGAUGUUAACUUCUGUGGGACUCGUGCUGAUGUUCAGGUUUUGGACGUCGCCUGUGGAUCUGGAAUGGUCGCAAAACUGAUGAGUGAACUUGGCUUCAGGAACUUUGUUGGAGUGGAUGGCAGUAAAGGCAUGCUGGAUCUAGCUGCUCAGUCCGGCCUCUAUCAGGACCUCAGACUGGCCUUACUGGGAACAGACCAGCUUCCUGCACAGACUGGGACGUUUGAUGUGGUGAUCCUCGUCGGUGCUCUGAGUCCAGGUUUUAUACCGGUCAGUGUGGUCAGAGAGCUCUGCCACGCCGCCAAACCAGGAGGGCUGGUGUGCAUGGUGAAAGGGGAACACAGAGGAGCAGAGCACGACAUGUACCAGUGUGACCUGCAGAGGGAGCUGCAGCUGAUGGAGGGGGAGGGGCUGUGGAGUCAGCUGGCAGUCCAACACACGGACAGGUACAUGAACGACACGUUCCCGGACCCAGACCAGCAGGGGGAGCUCUUCCUCAGCGGGACGGCUUACCUGUACAAGAAGAAGUUACAUAACAAAGACUAAAGUCUUCUGCUGUUAGUCGAGUGUCU